CCCCCGCCCCCACCCCCCCCCCCCCCCACCCCCCCCCCCCCCCACCCCCCCCCCCCCCCACCCCCCCCCCCCCCCACCCCCCCCCCCCCCCACCCCCCCCCCCCCCCACCCCCCCCCCCCCCCACCCCCCCCCCCCCCCACCCCCCCCCCCCCCCACCCCCCCCCCCCCCCACCCCCCCCCCCCCCCACCCCCCCCCCCCCCCACCCCCCCCCCCCCCCACCCCCCCCCCCCCCCACCCCCCCCCCCCCCCACCCCCCCCCCCCCCCACCCCCCCCCCCCCCCACCCCCCCCCCCCCCCACCCCCCCCCCCCCCCACCCCCCCCCCCCCCCACCCCCCCCCCCCCCCACCCCCCCCCCCCCCCACCCCCCCCCCCCCCCACCCCCCCCCCCCCCCACCCCCCCCCCCCCCCACCCCCCCCCCCCCCCACCCCCCCCCCCCCCCACCCCCCCCCCCCCCCACCCCCCCCCCCCCCCACCCCCCCCCCCCCCCACCCCCCCCCCCCCCCACCCCCCCCCCCCCCCACCCCCCCCCCCCCCCACCCCCCCCCCCCCCCACCCCCCCCCCCCCCCACCCCCCCCCCCCCCCACCCCCCCCCCCCCCCACCCCCCCCCCCCCCCACCCCCCCCCCCCCCCACCCCCCCCCCCCCCCACCCCCCCCCCCCCCCACCCCCCCCCCCCCCCACCCCCCCCCCCCCCCACCCCCCCCCCCCCCCACCCCCCCCCCCCCCCACCCCCCCCCCCCCCCACCCCCCCCCCCCCCCACCCCCCCCCCCCCCCACCCCCCCCCCCCCCCACCCCCCCCCCCCCCCACCCCCCCCCCCCCCCACCCCCCCCCCCCCCCACCCCCCCCCCCCCCCACCCCCCCCCCCCCCCACCCCCCCCCCCCCCCACCCCCCCCCCCCCCCACCCCCCCCCCCCCCCACCCCCCCCCCCCCCCACCCCCCCCCCCCCCCACCCCCCCCCCCCCCCACCCCCCCCCCCCCCCACCCCCCCCCCCCCCCACCCCCCCCCCCCCCCACCCCCCCCCCCCCCCACCCCCCCCCCCCCCCACCCCCCCCCCCCCCCACCCCCCCCCCCCCCCACCCCCCCCCCCCCCCACCCCCCCCCCCCCCCACCCCCCCCCCCCCCCACCCCCCCCCCCCCCCACCCCCCCCCCCCCCCACCCCCCCCCCCCCCCACCCCCCCCCCCCCCCACCCCCCCCCCCCCCCACCCCCCCCCCCCCCCACCCCCCCCCCCCCCCACCCCCCCCCCCCCCCACCCCCCCCCCCCCCCACCCCCCCCCCCCCCCACCCCCCCCCCCCCCCACCCCCCCCCCCCCCCACCCCCCCCCCCCCCCACCCCCCCCCCCCCCCACCCCCCCCCCCCCCCACCCCCCCCCCCCCCCACCCCCCCCCCCCCCCACCCCCCCCCCCCCCCACCCCCCCCCCCCCCCACCCCCCCCCCCCCCCACCCCCCCCCCCCCCCACCCCCCCCCCCCCCCACCCCCCCCCCCCCCCACCCACGAAGUACGACGACGUUCCACUCGAGGCGAUAAAUGUGGCUUGGAAGCAUAGGCCCGACCAUCUUGCGGGCGGCGUUUGCCUGCUGCCGCAGCACGAACCGCAGCGGAAUAUCUGCGAUGCGCGCUUUGGCGUCCCCCUGACCCUUCGCUUCCAAAUUAAUGGAGAAUGCUUUCCUCGAAAGCAUCAUCAAAAACGAAUCCUGGGUCUCCUUUUCGGAAUCCGGCUCCUUGGGGAACUCCUCCGGCAGCGAUGUGACUUCUUUGUCUUCCCAGCUCCCCGAUACCCCCAACAGCAUGGUCCCCAGCCCGGUGGAGACGUGAAGCCACCUGUUCCUCCCACGGACUUGCGCAUGCUCCUGCCCCCCUGCAUGAGUUCCUGA